AUGCUGUGGCAGAAAUAUGGUCUUGACAAGAGGAAUGAUUAUGAUGGAGAAAGAAAUAUUUUUGUGUUUGAUCUUGGGGGUGGCACGUUUGAUGUGUCUAUACUAACUAUUAAAGGCGAUGUGUUCAAAGUUAAAGCAACUGCUGGAAACACUCACCUUGGUGGAGAAGACUUUGAUAAUAGAAUGGUGAACUACUUUGUACAAGAGUUCAAGAAAAAGAACAAACUGGAUAUUAGUGGAAAUCCAAAAGCCUUGAGGAGGUUGAGAACUGCUUGUGAGAGGGCAAAAAGAUUACUAUCUUUUCUUGUUGUUGCAACUAUUGAGGUAGAUUCUUUAUUUCAAGGCAUUGAUUUUUCUUCAUCGAUCAAUCGGGCGAAGUUUGAGGAAAUGAAUAUGGAUUUUCUUAAUGAGUGUAUAAAGACAGUUGAGAGUUGUCUAAUGGAUGCAAAAAUGGACAGGAGUACUAUAGAUGAAGUUGUACUUGGGAAAGAGUUGUGCAAGAGCAUUAACCCUGACGAGGCUGUAGCUUAUGGUGCAGCUGUUCAGGCUGCAUUGUUGAGCGAGGGCUUUAAUAAUGUUCCAAAGUUGGUUCUACAGGAUGUUACACCGUUGUCUCUUGGCAGGUCAAUUGUAGGAGAUAUCAUGGAUGUGGUGAUUCCUAGAAACACCUGCAUUCCUGUCAAGGAAACAAAAUCAUAUGUUACAUCCGAAGAUAACCAGACCAGUUCUCUGAUUGAGGUUUAUGAGGCUCCUCGUGGUUCCCCGUCAUCAGAUGUCUCUUUUUCUAUAGAUGAAAAUGGUAUUUUCACUGUUUCUGCUGAGAAUUUUGCUUUGGGAAAUUCAAACGAGAUUACAAUAACAAAUUACAAAGAAAGGAUGUCAGCUGAAGAAAUUAAAAAAUUGAUUAAAGAAGCUGAGAAUUACGGUAUUGAAGACAAGAAAUUCUUAAGGAAGGCCGAAGUAGUGAAUGGAACGGACCUCUACAUUUACAAAAUGAUGAAUACUUUAAAGAAAAAGGAUAUUAACUCGAAGCUUUGCUCACAAGAAAUAAAAAAGAUUGAAGAUGCAAUUGCAGUGGCCAAAAAAUUGGUUGAUGAGAAUAAGCAAGAUGUUGAAAUAGAUGUUCUGGAGGAUCAUCUAAAUGGGCUUGAGAUCAGGAUGGAACACAUUAUAGCUAAGACUGUUUAG